AAUCUUGGCUUUAUUAUAAAAAAAAAAAAACAUUAUAUCCAUAAUAAUAAUAAUAAAAAUAUAGUUAAUAAUAAUAAAAGAAAUAAAAAAAAAUUAUCGGAAACAGCGGUGUGUGUGUGAGUCAACCACAGUGGAACAAUUUCUUAUAAAAAUAUAGGUAAAGUCUCUCUCUCUCUCUCUCCCUGAGUGUCUCUCUGUGUGGUAGUAUUAUUAAUGGUGACAGCAAUCACAUUGCAAUUGUUAAAUAUUAUUAUUAUUGUUACCUAUUAAUAAUUAGUAAAAUUAAAAAUGAUUCUUCUCGAGAUAAAUAAUAGAAUACUAGAAGAAACAUUAACAACAAAAAUUAAAAAUUCUUUAUCAGGCCACAAACAUGAAUCUACUGAUGUUACUAUUGCUGAUUUUGAUGGAGCAUUAUUUCAUGUCUCAAAUCCAAAUGGAGACAAAGCUAAAAUUAGGAUAAGUAUUUCACUCAAGUUUUAUGAACAAUUGAGAGAAUAUGGAGCUGAUGAUUUGCUCAAAAGAGAAUAUGGCCCUUAUCUAACUGAACCAGAAAGUGGAUACAAUACAUCUGUGCAAAUAGAUCUUGAAAAUGUACCAAAUGAUUGGGAAUCACUUGUUAAAAAAAUUGGAUUAUUAAAGAGGCAUUGUUUUGCAAGUGUUUUUGAAAAAUAUUUUGAUUUUCAAGAACAAUACAGUGAUUCACCAGAACAAUGUGGUAAAAGAGCAGUUAUACAUUAUCGUGAUCAAGAAACAAUAUAUGUCGAGGCUAAAAGUGAUCGUGUAACAGUUGUAUUUAGUACGAUAUUCAAGGAUGAAGAUGAUAUGGUUAUUGGUAAAAUGUUUUUGCAAGAAUUAAAAGAAGGAAGAAGAGCAAGUCAUACUGCACCACAAGUACUAUUUAAUCAUCGAGAACCACCACUUGAAUUACAAGAUUGUGAUGCUGCUGUUGGUGAUAGUAUUGGAUACAUAACAUUUGUUUUGUUUCCAAGACAUACAAACAGAGAAGCAAGAAAUAAUACAAUUGAUUUAAUUCACAUGUUCAGAAAUUAUUUGCAUUAUCAUAUUAAAUGCAGUAAAGUUUAUAUUCACUCAAGAAUGCGUACAAAAACAACUGAUUUUUUAAAAGUUCUUAAUCGUGCACGUUCACAAUCAAAAAGUACAGAAAAGAAAACAAUAACGGGUCGUACAUUUAUAAGAAAAGAAUGAACAAAAAUAAAAAGUCAAAUAAAUAAAUAAACAGAAAAAUUAAUAAUAAUUAUUAAUACGCUCCAUUUUGCGUUAAUAAAACUAAAUUAUUUUAUUUGGCAAAUGAUUUAUUAUUUAAAAUUAAUCAAAGAAAUUUAUUGUUUUUUUUUUUUUCUAAUUUUCAUGUCGCUCAUAGAGGUAAUAGGCUAAAAACUAUAAUUACCUUUAAAAUUUUACAAAUAUAAUUUGAAUUAAUAAAAUAAAUACGUAACAUGAAAAAAUUUAAAAACAACAUACGUAAAAUUAAUUAAAUAGCUGUCAGCGAUACAGGCUGUCGAUUAAGUUAAUAUUAAUUUACACAAUAAUGAGAUCACACUGUACUUACAGAAUCACAAUCGUACAUUCGAUAUAAAAUUACGAAAAAAUUAUUAAUACAAAAUUUUAUAUAGCUAAAAUAAUAAUUGAUUAAAAAUUGUGCCAGAAAUUAAAUUUAAAAAAUAAUUACUCCAAUUUUUAUAAAUCAAUUUCUUCGAAUUUACUAGUUUCUAAAUAAAAAAACCAAUACAAUAUAUUUUAGACACCUCAAAUCAGUAUUGUUAAAACUGCAUUUCCACAUAAAAAUAUUUAUAAUUAUUUAAAUCAUUUUGUUUAUAAUAAUAGCUAGUUGACUAAUUGUUUUUUUUUUUCUUUUUUUCUACACAUUUUUUUAAAAAUAUGAAUCAAUUGAAUCAAUGUGAUUCUUGUGAUCAAAUAAUUGCUUCCAAUCCUGUAUCGUGUUGAUAUAAAAUAAACCUGCAAAAACUAAUUCCA